GAACAUAGCUCUUUCUCCGUCAUCGAGGUGCGUGCGUUCACUUCUCCUUCACCAUGUCUUCCCACAAAACUUUCAGGAUCAAGAGGUUCCUGGCCAAGAAACAAAAGCAGAAUCGGCCCUGUCCCCAAUGGAUUUGGAUGAAAACUGGUAAUAAAAUCAGGUACAACUCGAAGAGGAGACAUUGGAGAAGAACCAAACUGGGCCUAUGAGGAAUCACACACGAGAGAUGGCUGACAUAUUUAUGCUGUAUCCAGGUUGCCUACACGGUUAAAUGAUUGAAAAGAUCACUACUGUCUGGAUAGUUGGGGCUUUUUAA